AUGGUUUAGAACUUACGCAUCGCUUAGUUAUAGGGGUUGCACACAUGAGGUAAGGUCCGUGGGGGUGAGACUACAGCCUCCUUGGAAGCCUUGGGUACCUCUGGAUUCGUCUGUGAGGAGGUAGGCAGAUUUUACUAGGAAGUUAGGAGCGGAGGGCGAGCCUGGCGAAGGCCUAACCAGCUUGGCGGAGCACACCGCUAGGGGAAGGACUGAAGGACAGGCCGUACGGAGAGUGAGGGCUAGAGAGAGGGAAAAAGAAAGAGUAAUCUCCCACCCACGGGUAAAUCUCGCCCGUAAUCCGCCCUCUGGCCACUCCAACCGAAAAUCUACUACCGUUGGAUGUAGUUUUAAUCGAACAUUUGCACAAAACCCUGGUGGUUGAGGCGAGGGGAGCUGUUUGUGUGUGGUAUAACACGAAAGCCUGAACGAGCCCUUGUUGUUGUGUGACCGGCUAGUACUAAAGCAGUGUUAUAUGUAAGCGUCACAGGCAAACCCGGCCCGUCUGUUUAUCUUUCAACAUGACGGUUAUUUGAGUGAUGAUUACUCAUUUCCUAAACAAUAGCCAAUCCUAUCCCAUGUAUAGGUGUUACUAAUGGUGUCGGGUGCUUCCGUGCUGUGCUUUGCUGAAUCUGUAUUAUUUAUGUUGAGAAAUACAUUCAUAGCAGAAAGGAAAAGUUCCAUUUGCUGUUCUAAAACAGUGCACUGUACAAAGUUGGGAAGUGAAAAUUUACUGAAAACCACCUUGCUGUUGAACAAAGCAGCAGUGUACAAAGUUGCUGAAGUACAAAGAGACCAAGUACAAAGUCGCUGAAUACCUCAAUACUAUAGUACAAAGUGGCAGAGUUGCAAAGUUGCUGGCAUACAGUUUGCUGGAGUUCGAAGUUUGAAGGUACAACAGUCAUCACAAAGCUACUAGCAUGAAAAAAAAUAUUGAAUGUGAUUUAGGUUUCUAUGAUGUAAAAUGUUCCAUGUGAGUAACUGAAACCUGUGACUGUUUCUUGAUUACAAACAUUUCCAUGGUAUACAGUCUUGUGGAUUUACUGGCAUCCUGUGUUACAUCAGUACUAGUUCAGUUUCCUGGAGUUACGUUCGUGACAACAAUUCAAACCACUGGAGUUAAUGGAAUGUGAAAUUAUGGAAUAGGAAAUUAUCAGUUGAUAAAGUGAUUACCAAUGUGAUAAAACCGUCAGCUGAAAUUUAAAAAGGAGCAGAACUGUGAAUUUUGAUUACAGAGUUGAUGGUCUAGAAAAUUGCCUGUGUGUGGGCUUGUGGAAUAUUGGAUUACUGGUGUGCAAAAGUUUAUAGCAUAGAAAAGUUGAGGGUCCAAAGUUCUGGAAAAAUUGAGAGAGUAUUCAGAAUGAGUGCUACGUCAAGUACACCCCAGCCUGCUUCCAGCACUAACACCUCCACGCCUGGGGCGCGUGGGUCAGGCAGAAGUCGUGGUGCCGGACCGCGGGGUCCAAGACGCAGCCGUGCUGCCAACAACACUGCAAGCAACGACAACUCUGAAGACAGAGUGAAUUCAGCCCAGCCCCAUCAUUUCCGAGAAAACACCAGUCGCCGUAUGCCGUCUUCAGUGACCAAUGGGAUGGCGGCGCGGUCAGAUGCCUGGGAAAUGGGUAGUGAUGGUAACUCCGCCUCCUCCUCAGCGACUAACCCAACAGUUACCCUCACAAAGUCUCCAGCGCCCAAUUCCGCUAAAAACGCCCGGGCGAUGACAACCAGUUUGAGAAGGAUUCAGAAGGAACUAACAGAAAUCACGCUUGACCCCCCACCAAACUGCAGUGCAGGCCCAAAGGGAGACAACUUGUAUGAGUGGGCGUCAACCAUCCUUGGGCCAACCGGCUCAGUGUACGAGGGCGGGGUCUUCUUCCUUGAUAUCCAUUUUUCUGCAGAUUAUCCAUUCAAACCCCCAAAGGUGACAUUCCGCACAAGGAUCUACCACUGUAACAUCAACAGUCAGGGAAACAUCUGUCUGGACAUUCUCAAGGACAACUGGAGUCCAGCUCUGACCGUCUCCAAGGUCCUUCUCUCCAUCUGCUCGCUCUUAACAGACUGUAACCCCGCUGACCCCCUGGUGGGCAGUAUCGCCUCUCAGUACCAGCAGAACCGCAGCGAGCACGACAGAGUCGCUCGUAUGUGGACCAAACGCUUCGCAACGGGACUGCAGGAUAGCUCAUGAUGAUUGGUGGGUUUAGACAGUCAUUUGUGCAUGUGUAAUGAAGGGAAUGUUUGAAUGUCUGAGACUUUUCUGUUGUACUGAUUAUGGCUGUGUGUUUGGUCUGAUCAGUUUAACAAUAACAACAAAAAGAUGCGGUUUACUUCAAACUAUCAACAACAAGAUGCGGUUUACUUCAACUGUCAACAACAAGAUGCGGUUUACUUCAAACUGUCAACAAAGAGUUCUGAAAAUAUAUAACAUUGUGUUGUAGUGCUGGCAAUAACACAGAACAACAUAUUUAAGGAAAAUUGCUUGAUAUCAUUAAAAUGGACUCGCCUGCAAUGCAGCUUUGUGAUUUUGUGUUGCUUCGGAUUUUAUGUUUUUGAGUGGAAGGGUGGGGGAUAGAAGGCAUUGAAGGAAAAUUAAGCUUCUGGAGAGUCGACAGACACACACGGAUUGCCAGUGCUGGAUGUGUAGUCAGGUCUACAAGUCGAGAAAACACAAAUGCCGCAUGAGUGAAGAUAGAAUAUAUGUGAUCAAAGAGAAUUGAUCAAAACUUUUGACCUGUCAUGUUAUUUAUUUCAGCGGAGCACUGAACUUCUGUAGUUGUGAAUUUGAGAUCAUGUAAUAUUACCUUUGUCGCACAGCCAGUUGAUGCCAGCAGCACCUGUGAUCAUAGAUUACAGAUGAAUUCUGACUAUGGACAUUGCAUUAGUGCAAAUUUGCAUGGUAGUUGCCAUGGUAGUUGCCAUGGUAUCAGGGAUUGUCCACAUGUUUGGCAUCUUAGGGUAGAAAUGAAACUUGUAUGUGACCCAGAUGUGUGAUGCAUUUUCUGUAUCCAUUGUACUUAUAUAGUUUUCAAGAGGAAAACUUCCUUGCCAUAACUUUUGUUCAUCUGAUUCGCUUUUCAGUUUCACUUGUAUGUUGGAGUGACAAAAGGAGUGAAAAAUAAGAAUAAGAUUUUGUUACUGGUACUUGUCUUUGUUUUUCGUUUUCAAUGUAGAAGUUAUUUGGAUAGAUCAUCUCAGGGGAAGCUUCACAUAGGUUAUAAACAGUCUGAUGUGUAAUUUGUACAAUUUGUUUGCAUGCAGAAGGCAUUUGACCAAGAAAGGGUCAAUUUGGUGUCAGAAGUGGGAUACUGAAUUUGCUUUCACUUUCAGUUUACUGUAGGAAAGCAUUUUAUAAAAGAAGAGAACGUUGUUUACGAGGUAGUCACAAUGCUUGUCAAGUAAAGAGAUAUCAGUGUUUGUGCUGUGUUAAUGGACAUCAGAAGACUUAAAUAGCACAUGCUGAAUGAAGUCUCCAAAAACUGAUAUCAGAGCGGUGAAACCGUAUUGUACAAGACUUAAGCUUGGAUGAUGAACUGACACAAAAGUACAAAUGGCAUAUUAAAUUGCUUUUUCUUUAAAAGUUAAAGAAAAAGUUAAAGUGUUGUUUUGCUGUAUACAUAAAUUCCAUUAACCAUGCCCUUUAAUUAAAUUAUUGCCCUUUUUGCAACAGUGUUGCUUUUAUGUUCUGCACAAUGUUAUAGUUUUAUGUUCUGCACUGUGUUAUUGUUUUGAUUUAAACAUACUCAACAUGACAUGUUUCAAAGUUGUGACACUCUUCAGUAAACUAUGUUUAACCAUGAAUGUGAACUUUGAAAGUCAACUUUGAAUUAUAUUGAAUAUCUACCAUUACAUGUACUGUAUGCACAUAAACUAAAAUAAUGAUGAAAAAAAAUAUAUAUAUGAAAGUCAUGAUAGGAUAAGUUCUCUUUGUAUGAUUUGGAUGAGAGAAUUACCACAGCUAUGUUAUUUAACUACUUUGAAAGAAUUUAAAUGUCACUACGCUGUAUCAUGAACUAUGAAAUAAAAUUUUCUUUUGUGAAA